AUGAAUCCAUCACAACCAUCGCUCCUCUCAGCCGCAAAAGACGGCGACGCAUCAGCGGCGCAACUCCUCCUGCUGGAAAAUAAAAUCAACCCCAACAACCUCAGUUCCAUCGGAAGAACACCCCUCUCCUGGGCCGCAGAAAGAGGCCAUGAAGCUGUCGUCGAGAUAUUACUCCGCGAUGCCCGAACAAAUCCGGACACAAAAGACUUCUAUCGUACUGUCGCUGAGCGAACUGCCUUGGAGACAGCAGACGCCGACUGGGAAUUCAAUCGCAAAGUCGAUCUGGACUCGGAGGAAACCAACUACCGGACGCCACUAUCGCGGGCAGCAGAGAAUGGGCAUGUGGAGGUUGUCAAGUUGCUCCUUCAAGAUGGGAGGGUGAAUCCCGACAUGCACGAUUCGCAGGGCAGGACGGCAUUAUCAUGGGCGAUGGGGAAGGGGCAUCAGGAUGUUGUUAGAUUGUUUCUGGGAGAUGGUCGUGCGGACCCCAACUACCAGGUCUCAAAGGGGAGAACGCCGCUAUCGCUCGCUGCAGAAAGAGGCCAUGAAGAGGCCAUCAAAGUGAUGCUGGAAGAUAGCAGAGUCAAACCCGAUAUUCCAGACGCCCGAGCCAGAACAGCAUUAUCGUGGAGCGCAGGGGAGGGGCACGACGGUGUGGUCAGAUUGCUUCUUGCAGAUGGCAGAUCUGAUAUCAGUAGUCAGGACAGGCACGGAAAUUAUCCACUCUCAUGGGCUGUCGAGAGGAAUCACAAAGGCGUUAUCGAAAUGCUUCUGGACGCUGGCAGUGAUCCUGACUUUCACGACACCGACCGAAGAACGCCGCUGCUAUGGGCUAUGCAGAACGGCGAAAAGGAAAUGGUCAGACGAUUGCUGGACGAGGGUAAAGCGAAUCCAAACUGUCAGGAUUAUAAGGGCUUAACACCGCUAUCAUGGGCUGUGGAUAAGGGGUAUGACGAUAUGAUUCGAUUAUUCCUCACCGACACAAGAGUCAACAUGAACCUGCAAGAUGCUGAAGGUCAAUCACCACUUUCACGUGCCGUGAAGACGGAAAAUACGGAUAUCUUGCGGCUGCUUUUGGCCAAGGAUGGCAUCGAAAUCAACAUUCAAGACCAGAACGGCCGAUCUCCAUUGUGGCUUGCCGCGGAUUUUGGACAUGAAGCCAGUCUCAACACACUACUAGACCAAGAUGGUCUCGACAUUAACCUCAGAGACAAAAAGCACGGACGAACACCCUUACUCCGAUCAGUCGAUAAAGGCCACUCCCGUCUCAGAGACCGGCUUCUUGCUGUCCCUGGUAUCGACGUGGAAUCGAAAGACUCCAACUACGGCCAAACAAUCCUCUCCUGGGCAGCCUGGAGCGGGGAUAAUACAAAUUUGGAUCUCUUCAUGUCAAUGCAAGGCAUCGAUGUCAACUCCGCCGACAAUGACGGUCGAACACCUCUAUCCUGGGCCGCAACGCGAGGCCACCGCGAAACCGUCAAGAAACUUCUCGCGAAUCCAGCUGUGCGGCCUGAUCUGAAAGAUACAAAAAACGGCCAGAGUGCGCUAUCCAGAGCCAGCGAAAAGGGAAAACAUGAAGUCGUACUACACCUCCUCUCAGAACGACGGAUCGAUCCAGAUUCCAAAGAUAACAAUGGCAGAACACCACUCUCAUGGGCCGCGGGGAAUGGUCAACAGACCGUGAUGGAAAUACUGCUGGCAGACCCCCGCGUCAAUCCCACCUCCGAAGACCACGAAAAAAAGACCCCAUUCGCACACGCCUCAGCCAACGGCCGCGAACGAGCAGUCUCCCACCUCCUCCAAGACCCCCGCAUCAACCCCGAAACAAAAGAUAUCCACGGCAACACACCACUCGCGCUCGCCUCGAUUCUCGGCAAGGAAAGCUUAGUCGAGCUCCUCCUCGCCGACCCGCGCGUCGAUCCAAAUUCAAGAAAUAAUAAAGGAAGGCCACCGCUCUCGCUGGCGGUGAAGUAUUACUCGCGGAGAGCGAUCGAGGUGUUGCUCAGGGACUCUCGCGUCGAUCCGAAUGCAAGAGAUGAUAAAUGGUAUACGCCACUUAUACUCGCUGCGAAGUAUCAAAUGACGAAGGUGGUAGAGAUCUUGGUGGAGGAUGAUCGGGUUGAUUUGAGGCUUGUGCAAGGUGGGAGAUCGGCAAUUUUAUGGGCUUCGUGCAUGGGCGACAAGGAGACGAUGAACAUCUUGGAGAGGAAGCAGCUGGAGAGACAAUCGAAUGAUACUGGAUAA